UUAAUUAAAAGAAGAUAAGGUUUGUGAAGAGAUAUUUAAAUUUUUUAUUUAGUUUUUUUUUUUUGGUUUGUGUUUUUUAUUUGUAUGUGCCACGCGAUAUAUUUGGAAAUUCUUUAUUUUAUUUUUUCACAUCACAGGGGGCAAACGAGAAUGCGGCUCAUCUAAUGGUAAGUGAUUUAUAUAAAGAGAAAUUGAAAAUACAAGCAUCUUUUUGACAUAAUAUUAUAUUAAUGAACUUAACAUUUUUAACUUAACAGUUUAACGUUCUUGAAGAAACAUAAGGCGAAUAAGGACUAAAAAAAUCGAGUUUUUCGUACUAACUUAACGCGUCUCUAGUCAAAUCCACAAAAUAUGGGAGUAAUUUUUUUUUACUUUUUUUUUUAAACAUUUAAUAUAAUUAAUGUUAUCAUAACUUACCUUAUUCUGUCUUGAAACGAUUAUUUUUUUAAUGUAAGAACAACCGGAAUGACUUACCACUAUUUUAUUAGAGAAUACCUGACUAGUAUAAAUAUACAUAAAAUCUAAGCAUAAAUAUAAUUUGCACUUACGAAACUUUUAACUAUAAUUAUUUUCUUAGACUCUAGGUAUGUAUCUAAUCUAAAAAUCAUUUAAAUCAACAAAGUUAAGGUAGAAGAGAAUAAAUAAAGAAUUAAAGUCAGAUUAUUGAGGAUGAAUUAAAAAAAUAUACCUACCCAUGACUCUACGUAUGAUUGUGUGCGAUGUUUUAUUGAUUGAUGUAAUUAUAAAAUCACAUCCUCGAAUGUUAUAGAAAGGAGAGCAAUUUUUUUGGUACAUUAUACUUAAGUAGGCAAUAAAGAUCACAAUAUAUCUUUCUCUUUAAAAUUUUGGAUUUUUUAUAAAUAUGAUGCAAACUAUUUAUAAUAGACUACUAUAUUUACCUCAAUAAGAAAAACAAGAUAACCUCUUAUUCAAUUUUAGUUAAUAUAUCAAUAAUUUAAGAAUUUCCAGUGCACGUACUGGCUACAGAUCAUCAGUUUCGUGGAGUGCACCGUUUUCCGUGAGUGUACUAGUACACAGCACGCUCCCGCUCGCUAGUGUGUGAGCGGCCUGCGCGGUGCGCACAGUAGGUCAGGGAGGGCGGCGCAGCAAGGGCUGGGGGCGGCCGAUUCAUGUUUACGGGCUCGCCGUCAGCUGUUCCCGCGACAUGAAUGUGCCGCGCCCGCGCCGCGCCCGCACCGCGCCCGCGCGCACAUCGAUUGACUGGUACCUGGCCACGUGCGGCGCGCCGGCCGCCCAGUCCCGCCGCGCUCGCCGGCUUGUCCGCGCGUUGAGCGCACCAACACCCGAACACAUGUGACACCGCCCGCGUUACGUCGCGUCAAUGGAUUCCCCGAGGUGACUGACUGCUACCCCUCGACCGGCUCCUUCCACGUCCAGUGCACCUCACUAGAGGCACGGAUGCGGCGGAGUGGCGGGGCGCCAUUGCGCGCCUUCACGAUCCUCGAUAAGGCAAGGAGUACAGCGGAGUUGCGAGGCGGGUAGGCGAUGGGCCGCGCUAGGUGAGCGGUGCGCGCCGGCGGUGUAUGUACGCGGCGGCGGGCGGCGCGUCGCUCGCGGGCCGUAAGGCGCGCCAGCACGGCCGGCAGCCCGCGCCGCCAAGCCCGCACCCGCACAGCCCUCCGCACCCUGCGCCCACCGGCGUCCGCGCCUACUCCUGCCAGCACUGGGAGUCUCGCCUCCUCGCGCCGCCGCGACCACUCUCCGCACUCGUCUCCGAGCCACACUCACCAUGCGAUACCGUCGAGUGCGCAGCUGGGCGCGCGGCGUGGCAGGAGGCGGCGGCAGUAUCCGUUGGUGGCGGUGGCGCCGGCGCUGGGGGCGCGGCGCGGCGCUGCUCAGUGCUCGGCGACCACCCUGGCGCCAGGAGGGACCCACGCGGCAAGUGGCACAGAAACAACCGGGUGCGAGACGCUUCGUAUGGCUCGUCAUCGGAGUCGGAUGGCGAGGCGGAAGGGGCGACCGGAGAACCAUGGGGCGUUGCGCGUCUGUUGUACGCUGGUCUCGGUAUCCUUGCUGUGGGACUCGUCGUCUACUUUGUCGGCACCGGCGACAAGGGUUUCAAAACGCCAGCUCUACGACUGGUGGGGCCGUCGCUCAUCAUCGCUGGGCUGGCAUGCUGUUUACUGCGUAUCACCUUUUGCAUAUUUGCAAAGCCUUGCUGCCGACGGCGGACCAAUUACAAGGAGAGCAGAAGACUGUCCGGAUGCGGGGAAGGCGAAGAGAUGCCGCUGGCGGGUGGAACGGCGAGCGGACAGCGCGCCGGGCCGGCACAGUGCUCGCCCGCGCGCCGCCUCGACGCCUCCUCCUGCGACGUGUCCAGCCUCUCCAGCGGGGAGGAGGACGAGCGUCUGCGCCGGUAUCGGACGGCGUCGGCGCCGUCGCACCUGUCCGUGCAAGCUGCGCCACUGCCACAGGGUUCACCACAGCAAGUCGCAGCUGUACAGAGCACCUCGCCUGCGACGCCGCGGCCGGCCCUGGCGAUGCAGGCGAGCGCGUCGCAGCCGAGCGCACUGGUGGGUGCCGGCGGGGCCGCGGCGGCGGGGCCGGCGGGGGCAGCGGGGGCGGCGGGUCCCCGGCGGCCGCCGCCGCGCAACGUGUCGUUCGCUGGCACCGCCGACGGCGAGCUAGUCCUCAGCCCCGCUCAGCUACGCUCCUAACGAAGCAAUAAACGUUCUCGCAAUACCCCCUUUUUAUAUCCCCACCGGACGAUCUGACUCUAUCGAUUCGGAUAUCGAUCAUGUGAUAGCGUGAGACUCUCGAGUGAUUUUUCUAUUCGAUAAGCUACGAGUCGUUGAUUAUUUGCACGUUUGGAUAUAUUCUCGCAAGUUGAUUCUCGAUAUAUGUAUCUAUUAAGAAUAAUUUGCUUGUUUUAAAAACUCCGUCUUGCCGGACUACGUGUGCAUAUAAUGUGUAACGGAAUGCUGUAAAGAAUUAUUUUUGGUUUCUACAUAAUAUUCGCAAUAUAUACGAGUAUAAGUAACGAAAUGUGUUCAACGCUUUCUAUACGCAGUAACAAAGAAUAUUUAUAAAGAGACAAUUUUGUUAUACAUUGUAUGCGCCUCUUAGUUGUUGUAUUUUUCUUAUAUCUAAACCGCUAUAAAUUCAUGAUCAAUUAAACACCUAUAUGUAAAGCAGCCAAACCGAAGUGGUUCCGGGUAGGUAUUAGGCUGUGAAAAGUUCAAAAUAUUUUUACUUCGAUAUGUGACGUCAAUAAAUUGGUAUAAUAUAGUUAUAAAACUAUAUAAAGUAUCCAUUUUGAGGUUACAAUAGCUACUUAAAUAAUACGUUAAUGUCAUUGGGAAUAAAUACAUAAUUAAAUAUAAUUUUAGAAAAAAAUCUUGUUUACUAGAUAAAGAAUUUAUUCUUAAGGGUUUGCUAAGUAUUGCAAUAAUAGCAGACGAUUCUUUGUAUAGGUGAUAGGAGUUAUGAAUUUCAUAGACUAUCAAGCAGCUUCAAUUAAGUAGAAUCAAACGCGCAUUUAUUGCUGCUUGUAAAACACAAGACAGAGUACCGCUGUCUCUAUCAUAAUAUAAGUGACAACUGAUGAGUGCUAAAUUCAAGCUGCUUGAUUGUUUACGAUUAGAUUAACUUAUGCAACUUCGAUCAGACUUGCAUUUAAGUUGAAGACAUUUUACUGAAAUUAAACUAUUGAGUUUGACAUUAUGUAUUGACAUUCUAUAACAAAACUUUUGAUUAUUUUCAAAGAAUAGCUCCCUAGACAAAUGGCAAACAAAUCAAUUGAUACAUACGUUUUCUUCGACGUAUCCAUAAGAUAGAACGAGACAGCAAUGUCCGGCGUCUUUUUCUUUCUCGUGUUUGCGGUAGUGCAUAGGUGUCUGCCGAUAGUUUUGUUAGCCGCUUGUCUAAGAGAACUGGUAUAUAUAUAAUUAUUAGCGUCACAUAUCGAAUGUAAAGAUUUGAAUUUGCCGCCAUUUUUACCGUCGUACAUAUUCGUAUAUUAUACUUAAACUAAGACGUUCAUUCAAUCUUUGUAGCAAUAUAAUAAUGAAUGUGCUAGAUUCAUCCGUCUUAAAGCCAACUAGUAGAUAUACUGAGAACAGAGGUGUGGUCUUACUGACUGACUAUUGCAGAACCGUAUAAUACAAAUAGAAAAAAAUAUAACAACAGUUUAGUGUAAAAAAAAAGAAACUAUCACAUAGCCUCUAGAGUUCUUAAAAAUUUAUGGAAAUUUUAAUUUCUAUAAGUCGAUUUUAUUUAUUUAUCAUAAUUAAAAUGAGUAAUAUUUCAUAUAAAUUAUAGAAAUAGUACUAUUUACUUUAUAAAAUGAAGCAAUAA